ACGCGCCAGUUCAGUCAUCGGUUGGUGCUGCGGUGGUGCUGUGGUGCUGUCUGUAGCCAAAAAAGAAAAAAAGAAAUAAAAAAAACACGCCGCGUACGAGUUGAAAUACUACAAACUUGCUUGCUUUAUUAUUUUGUUGCUAUUUUUUUCUGUUGUUGUUCGUUUUCGUUGAUAUUUUUUUUAUUCAUAUUUGAUACUCGUUGUCGACGCAGUCGCGUGUUAUUUUCUGUGUGUGUUGUUCUCGUUGUUGCUGUUUGUUUGAUUCGGUUUGGAUUUUGAUUUUGAUUUUGCGCCGUAGAUCGGCUUGGUAAACAAAGCAAACAAGCGAGCAAUGCGACGGUGACAGCCAUAAACAGCUUCUAGACAAAACGCUUGAAUAACAACCACAAUUACAAUUACAACUACAAAACUAAAUUCAUAUACAAACAAGCGCAAUUACACAUAUCAAUUGUGUGUGUGUAUUGUGAGCAAUAAGAAAUUAUAUAUACCGAGAGCAAAAGGUUUGGAGCAGUUUGUGUUGUCGCAGUGGAGAUGGAGCUCUAUACGUCGGACAGCUCGGACACGGAUUCGCGAGAGCAGAAAACAAUCGAUUUCGGACGCAUGAACUUGGAUCUGGUGACACUCGAGGAUCAUUUGAGUUCGCCGCACAAGGCACUGGCCAAAUCGAGCGGCGACAUCGAGACGCUGCUGUUGAAUCACAAUCGUUUGGUCGGUUUGCCGCGUAUGCUGCAACAGUUUGUCAACAUCAAGAUACUCGAUCUGAGCUCAAAUGCCAUUACCCAGCUACCCGAUGCCAUUUGCCAGCUGCCUCUGGUCACGCUGAUUGUGAAGAACAAUCUGUUGACGAAUGCCUCGUUGCCCAAAUCGCUGUUGAGCAAAUUGAGCGGCAGCAGCCAUGGCACCUCGACGCUGAAGGAGCUCAAUUUGAGUGGCAAUCAAUUGACGCAUUUUCCGGAACAGGUCACCGAACUGCGACAGAUCAAGUAUUUGUAUUUGGGCGGCAACAAGAUCUCCAGCAUCUCCAAGGACAUUUGGAAGAUGCAAAGUCUGCACGUACUUUCGUUGGGCGGCAACCUGAUCAAUGAGGUUCCCGAGACGGUUGGAUCGUUGAGUCAGCUGCAAGCGUUGGUGCUCUGCGACAAUCUGAUCGAGCAUCUGCCGACGAGCAUUGCACGCCUGAAGAACUUGAAGUCGCUGCUGCUGCAUAAGAAUAGACUGAAGCACUUGCCCAAGGACAUUGUGGCCCUGAAGAACCUAACCGAGCUGAGCUUGCGUGACAAUCCAUUGGUGGUGCGUUUCGUGCAGGACAUGGCCCUGAAGCCACCGACGCUAUUGGAGCUAGCCGGACGCAUUGUUCGCGCCAGUGGCCAACAACCGGGACCCGCCGAUGUGCCGCGCACAUUGGUUGAGUACCUGAAUAGUGCCAACUGUUGUGUCAAUCCCAAUUGCAAGGGCGUCUUCUUUGACAAUCGUGUGGAGCACAUCAAGUUCGUCGACUUCUGUGGCAAGUAUCGGGUGCCGUUGUUGCAGUACCUCUGCUCCUCCAAAUGCAUUGAACCCGAGCGUCCGGCACGCGCCACGACGAGCAGCAAUGCGAACGCCAGCAGCGGCUUCAUGAUGCGCAAGGUACUGCUCGGCUAAAGUUGCCCAGACUAGGGCACAUCUGGGUUUCCCCGGGACCGAAACAACCGUUCGACGCUGCGUCGCUGCCCCAUCGGGACAUCCUUCCCUUCCUCUUCCUUGGCCCGAUUCGGUGCGGAUCCCCCAUUGGCGGCUGGAUAUGGUCCCAACACCACCACAACAACAACAACAACAACUUCCCAAAAACAACUGCUGUGGCAGCUAUACCCACAUUGGCUUUAUUAUCACAAUUUUACCAAAAAGAAAACUUUCAACUUGCCAAUUUGCCAAAAGCAUAUUUUGUCCAUUGUUUUUAUUUUUGUUAUGUUUUUGUAUAUAAACCCAAUUUGAAAAAUA